AUGUCGGAACUACUCCCCGACGACAGCCGCAACAGCCUUGGACCAGGACGCGCCCAAGAGCCUGAAGAGCUUAACAACAGUGCUAGAAAGGGAGGGGCGGAGGAGGCGGAAGAAGAAGAAGCAGAAGCAGAGUUAAGGAGACUUUUAAUUCCAAACAUAACAGACCUUCCCUUGGCCCCGCCGACUGCAGUUCAAUCCAACUUUGUCACUUACUAUGCUCCAGAUUUUAUGAAACCUGGACAUGAUCAGUAUGUUCAUAGACAUGCCAAUGGAUUAUGUGUGGUUGGGUUGGCUCCAGGUCAUGUAGCUUUUAAGGAUGAAGGUGGAGUUAUUGCCGUUGAUUUUAAUGUAGGAAAGGCUGAUCGAAGUGGGAUUAAAGUUACUGGUAAACGGAAGAAGAAUGCACAACAUUUUGAGUCCAAUACAGCACUAUGUAAAGUUAUUACCAAGGAUUCUUCUUAUAUUGUGAGGUGCUGCGUUAAGGGGUCUUUGUUGGAAGUGAAUGAACGAUUAAUGAAUCAUCCUGGAUUGCUGAAUGCUUCGGCUGAUAGGGAAGGAUAUAUUGCUAUUAUUAUGCCUAAGCAAGUAGAUUGGCAUAAAACUGAGGCUUCUUUACUUGGAGAGGAAGAGUAUAAAAAACUGAGAGACACUUGCUGA